UCCAACCUGAAUAAAUAGGAGCAAAGCGCCCCUUUCCCAACACCCAUCGCGCGAGUCAGCACUAGGGUUUUUGCCAAGCAGCCGCCGCCGCACUGCCCCCCGCAUCCCAUCCUACCCACCGAGAGACCAAGAUGACGGCGCAGACCGCCGAGGAGCUCGCCGCCCAGAUCGAGCAGCAGAAGCUCGAGGAGCAGAAGACUGAGGCAGAGGAUGUUGUGGUUGAGGAUGAGGACGAUGAGGACGAGGACGAUGACGAUGAUGACAAGGAUGAUGAAGAUGGACAAGAAGGCGAUGCCAGUGGCAAAUCAAAACAAAGCAGGAGUGAGAAGAAGAGCCGCAAGGCCAUGCUGAAACUUGGCAUGAAGCCGAUCACUGGUGUCAGCCGUGUCACUGUGAAGAAAAGCAAGAAUAUACUGUUUGUCAUCUCCAAGCCAGAUGUGUUCAAGAGCCCAAACUCAGACACCUAUGUCAUCUUCGGUGAGGCCAAGAUCGAGGACCUCAGCUCCCAGCUGCAGACCCAAGCUGCGGAACAGUUCAAGGCUCCUGACUUGAGCCAGAUGAUCUCCAAGCCUGAGACAUCUGGCCUAGGCCAGGAGGACAAUGAGGAGGAGGUUGAUGAGACUGGUGUCGAGCCCAAGGACAUUGAGUUGGUGAUGACGCAGGCAUCCGUCUCGAGGCCCAAGGCUGUCAAGGCCCUCAAGGCUGCCGAUGGGGACAUUGUCACUGCCAUUAUGGAGCUGACCACUUAGAGCGUUAUUUUUGGCAUGGUCGAAACAUUUUCCCUCUCUGAGUGUUCUGCAGCUUGAGCGUUAUCUGUGGACUAAUGCUUCGAUAAGUUCUUAAUGUUUGCUUGCACUUUGGUCAAGGUUGCAAAAUGGUUCUUUGCUAGCUUGUUUACGGCUCAUGCUAUCUCUGGCAAUGAUAUUUCAGCCAUGCCUCUGUUUUCUUGAA